UUACUUCAACAACUUCAACAGAAGAGGAUAAAGUAAAAGGACAAAUUGUUUUGUAUCAAGGUAGUGAUGGUUCUGUAUGGUUUUCUGGAGAUUAUCAACAUGGGUUCGACACCAAACCCUCACAUUCAUGCUCCUGUGGAUGGUCGUAUACAUGGACUAUUGAAAAUGG